AUGCUUAAUAAUAUUGCUGAAUUCUUGAGGAGAAUAGAUCAAUUUGGAGCAAGUUAUAAACCAAGUUAUGCUCAUGGAGAAGUAUAAUUCAAAACAAGUUUGGGAGGGUUGCUAUCUGUUGUGCUUUAUGGAUUAAGCUUAGCAUAUCUCAUUUAUGAAUUGAUUUUAUGGAAUUCUGGAAAAAUUUUGCCAAAAAUUACAAGUUUAUAAACAAAGAUUGAUACAUAUUCACUUUCAUUUGAUUAAGUAGCUUCAUUUUGUUUGAGAAAACAUACAAGUAUAAAAGAUUAAAUAGAUCCAUUUGACCCUAAUAAUGUAAUUUUAUUACCAAUGAUAUAUGAAAUAUUAGAAGAUGAAAUUUAAGAACCUUAAGUUUUAUUACCUAAUAAAAAAUCAGAAAAGCAUGGCACUUAUUUAAUAGAAGUAAAAAAUAUAGAACUCUCUAAUAAUGAACAUGAAUCAUUAGACCAUCCAAAUAAAGAAUAUCUUUUAAUAUUCUAGUCUUGCUUUUAAGAUCUAUUACCAGAUGGUUGGAAAUGUGCUAAAGAGGAAAGAAUUAAAUAAUUUUUCAAUCAAAAAUAAAAUUAAUUAUCAGUGCAUACAUUUAUGAAUUAAUAUAAUACCUCCACAAAAAAAAUUGAUGUUGUUGAAUAAGACUACUAUGCAUCCUUCGAUAAUAGAACUACUUAUUUUAGUUAAAUUGUUGUUGGUUCAACAAAUAUCUCAGUAGAUACUGGAUUCUUGUUGGAAAGCUUAGAAAUCCUUGAAUAUCCUAGUUCAAUAUAAUCUUACAUAUAAUAAAUGGACUUAGAUUAUUUUACUCAUAUUUUUUAAAAUAACGUCUUUAUAGCUUUUGAAUUUGAAUUAGGAACAUUAUAAUAAACAUUGCAUGUAGAAUACCCUAAAGUCUCAGAAGUUUUGGCAAAUAUUGGAUCUAUUAUUUCUUUCUUUUUAUUCUUUUCUCACAUAGCAUAUAUGAUAAAUGAGAAAAAUCUAGAACUCAAAGUCUUAAGAACUCUAAUUGAAAUGUAUUAUCCUUAAAUCAAAGACGUUACAUUUAAAAAAAGCCUUCUAGGAAAAGUAAAUCAAAUUUUGUAUAAAUAAAAAAAAUUAUCAUUAUUAUUUUUAGAUAAAUAUAACAAAUUAUUAGAAAUAGCUCAAUCUAAAUUAUGUCUAACCAAUCAGUUAUAUGAAGUAUCUAGGUUAUAAUUCAUAUUAAACACUUUUUGUGAUAAAUAAGUUAUAAGAAAUUCUCAUAACAUUGGAAUAAAAUUAAAAUUUGAAUAAUUUGAAUAAUUUGAACAAGAUAAACCAACUAAUUAGAAGAUUGAAAAUAUUAUACCAUAAGAGUUAAAAUAAGAAAAUAUAGAUAAUUAUUCGCUUGAAGAAAUUAAUAUAAUCAAAAUGGUAAGUGGUUUAUUUAUAAUUUUUUAGAAUCCAUAAGCCUCAAUUGAAAAUCAAUAAAACACUUUAUAAAUUUAACAGUUAAACUAAUCAUAAAGCUUAUUUUUAGGAAAAGCAAUUGAAAAUGAAGAGCCUUAAGAUGAUGAAUAGAACUUAUCGGAUGAAGAUUUCUAUCUUUUAAUGUAACAUUUACCGAAAACUAAAGAAGUACAAUCAAAUGAAUAUGAAACUGGGACUCCUAAAAAUAAUUCAAAAAAAACUUUUAAUCAUGUUUAAAAUUGA